AGGAUGACUCUCAGGAAAGUGCCAAAGGACGACGGCGCAGGAUCAUCAUGACUCGACACAAUAGCAAGCGCGGGCGAAGCACAUAGUCAAGAACAGGGCCGACUCAUUUUUCUCUGAACCAAUUGCACUGACUACGCUGAGUCACCAUGGAUCGUAUUGCACAGUACAGGAAAGAGGGGCUCUUCUGGGAUCUCGCUGCUGUGCCCUCCUUUGAAGCGAUAAAAAGACCCCCUUAAGCUGCUGUUCUUUCUCCACAAACUUAUUUUGUUUUUUAGCCCUCGUCUUCUACACUCUUCACUCCUUUCCAUCCCAGCACGACGAUCAACCAUGGCCUCUUUAACACCAGCUCAAAAGUACAAUGUCAUCUCCAGGAAUCUGCAGGAGGUCCUGGGCAAGGACCAGAUCGAGUCCAUCCUUGCCGAGCGCGAUCUUAACAUCUACUGGGGAACUGCUCCCACCGGAAAGCCCCACUUGGGUUACUUUGUCCCCAUGACCAAGAUUGCCGACUUCCUCGAGGCUGGCUGCCACAUCACUGUGCUCAUCGCUGAUAUCCAUGCCUUCCUCGACAACAUGAAGGCCCCCAUGGAGCUUGUUGGCAAGCGCGCCGAGUACUAUACCCAGCUGAUCAAGGCCACCUUGACCUCCAUCGGCGUCCCCACCGAGAGGCUGAAGUUCGUCCAGGGAUCAUCCUACCAAUUGACCGCAGAAUACUCUCUCGCCAACAUGAAGAUCUGCUCCAAGACCACUGAGCACGACGCCAAGAAGGCUGGAGCUGAAGUCGUCAAGCAGGUCGAGGCCCCCCUCUUGUCAGGAUUGAUGUACCCUGGAAUGCAAGCAUUGGACGAGGAGUUCUUGGGUGUCGACGCUCAGUUCGGAGGCGUGGAUCAGCGCAAGAUUUUUGUGUUUGCAGAAAAGAUGUUGCCGAGGCUUGGAUACAAGAAGCGUGCGCACUUGAUGAACACUAUGGUCCCUGGUUUGGCCGGCCCCAAGAUGUCGGCGUCGGAUUCCAAUUCCAAGAUCGAUCUGUUGGAGGCACCUGAGGAUGUUAAGCGCAAGUUGGACAAGGCUUUCUGCGAAGAGGGCAAUAUCACUGAGAAUGGAAUCCUGGCCUUUGUCAAGACCGUGCUUUUCCCUCUGCGAUCCAUGAACGGCAAGUCGCCCAGUUUUAGCAUUCUCAGGCCUGAGAAGUUUGGUGGCGAUGUUGUCUACACCAACUACGAGGAUUUGGAGAACGAUUUCAAGGACAAGAAGGUCCAUCCCAGCGAUUUGAAGAAGGCUGUUACGGAGGCAAUCAAUAACUUGUUGGCACCCAUCCGCAAGUGGUUCGACACUGAAGAGCUUCGCAAGUUGACCGAGGAGGCCUACCCUACUCCCAAGCCAGAGGUCACGGCCAAGCCUGUCAAGUCGAACAAGCCCGCUGCCAAUGCGAACUUGCCAGUGGACAUUUCUCGUAUUGACAUCCGUGUUGCCCGUAUCGUUGAGGCUAAGGUCCACGAAGCCAACCCCAAUUCGUACAUUUCGACUGUUGAUUGUGGUAAUGGCGAUGUUCGCACGGUUGUAUCUGGAUUGGCCAAAUACAUCCCUCUGGAGGAGAUGCAGAACCGCCUUGUAUGUGCGGUCUGCAAUUUAAAGCCUGGAAAGUUUCAAGGGGUGCAGUCGAGUGCCAUGUUGCUUGCAGGAUCAUCAGCUGACGACUCUGUGGUUGAGUUGUUGCAGCCCCCUGCUGGAUUGGAGGCUGGUGAUGUGAUUGAGUUUGAGGGAUAUGGACAGCUGGAUCGCUCUUUGCCCGAGAAGCUGAACCCCAAGCAUUUGAUCUUUGAGAAGGUCUCUGAGGACUUUAAGAUCAGCCCCGAGGGAUUGGCCUUGUACAAGGAUCUGCAGUUCAAGACAAAGGCUGGUCCUGUCACCCUGAAGUCCUUGAAGGAGGGUCGUAUUAGGUAGAGGGCUCGAUAUCAGUUGAAUAAACGAGCUUGAAUAAG